AUGGUCUUUGUAUCGCCGAAAUGGGUCCCUCAGUUGCCCAUGGACCCCCCGGACUCGAUCACCAUUGGCGAGUUCAUGAGCAAUGAAAAGUACGGCCGCUAUCCUCUCACAGAGGCCAGAAGCCCAUACACUUGCGGUCUGUCGGGCAAGUCGUACACGGCGUCCGAGGUGAAGCAGCGAACAGACUCCUUGGCCAAAGCAAUUUCAAAGAGGCUCGAUUUCGCGCCGAACGAGGGCACAGAAUGGGACAAAGUCGUUGCGCUCUUCUCGCUCAACACAAUCGACUACAUCCCCUUCACCCAUGCCAUCCACCGGUUGUCGGGCAUCGUCACCCCCGCCAGUGCCGCGUACUCGGCCCAAGAACUCGAGCACCAGCUUCGCUCCUCCAACGCGAAGGCUCUCUUCACCUGCAUUCCCCUGCUAGAAACCGCUCUCAAGGCCGCCAAGGCUGUCGGCCUUCCCGAUGACCGCAUCUUCUUGUUGCCGGUCCCAGGCGUCAGUCAAAAAACACCCUACGUCUCCCUCGAUGGCCUGAUUCAAGAAGGCAAUUCUCUACCGGAAUUGGAACCCUUGAAGUGGGUCAAGGGCCAGGGCGCGCGCCAGGUCGCCUAUUUGUGUUAUUCGAGUGGUACUUCCGGACUGCCAAAAGCCGUCAUGAUUUCGCACAGAAACGUCAUUGCCAACGUUCUUCAGUUCACGACAUACGAGUCUGUUGCCAGGAAAGAACUGGGCAUCAAGACACAAGCAGCCUUGGGUCUGUUGCCCUUUAGCCAUAUCUACGGGCUUGUUGUCAUUGCACACUGUGGCACCUGGCGCGGUGAUGGCAUCAUUGUACUGCCCAAGUUUGAGCUUAAGCAAUUCCUCGAGUCCGUCCAGAAGUUCAAGAUCAACUGCCUCCCAGUGGUUCCCCCAAUUGUCAUUCAAGUUAUCCGCAACCAGGAGCUUUGCAACAAGUACGACCUCACGAGCGUGCGCUUCGUCUACACCGGCGCAGCGCCCCUUGGAGCGGAGACUGUGGAGGACCUCAGGAAGCAGUACCCCAAGUGGCACGUGGGUCAAGGCUACGGAAUGACCGAGACCAGCACCGUUGUGUGCACAACCUCCGAGAUCGAUAUCGACGUCGGAUCGUCGGGCUCUCUCGUCCCGGGUGCCCGCGGCAAAAUCGUCGACCCGACGACCGGCGAGGAGAUCACCGAGUACAACAAACCCGGCGAGCUCCUCGUACAGUCCCCCUCGGUCGUCCUGGGCUAUCUCCACAACGAGCGGGCCAACGCCGAGACAUUCGUGUGGCACGAAGACGGCCGUUGGAUCCGCACGGGCGACGAGGUCCUCGUACGCAAGUCGGCGGCGGGCAACGAGCAUCUUGUCAUCGUCGACCGCAUCAAGGAGCUCAUCAAGGUCAAGGGCCACCAGGUGGCGCCGGCCGAGCUCGAGGCGCAUCUUCUCACCCACCCGGCCGUGUCGGACACAGCUGUCAUUCAAGUGCCGGACGACCGCGCCGGCGAGGUGCCCAAGGCCUACGUCGUCCGCGCCGCCGGCUACGAGAGCAAGCCCGAGGCAGAGGUCGCGGCCGACAUCAGCAAGUAUGUCGAGGAGCACAAGGCGCGGCACAAGUGGCUCAAGGGUGGCGUGGAGUUCGUCGACAUCAUCCCCAAGAGCCCCAGCGGCAAGAUCCUCCGUCGUCUCCUCCGCGACCGCGAGAAGGAGGCCAGGAGGGCCAAGGGGGCGAAGCUCUGA